AGCUGCGAAGAAGUUCCAUCCGCUACAGUGAAGCGAACGAUCAUGGUGCAAGAAGUGCAAGAAAAGCUAAAUAAAUAAGAUAGUGUAUUUCAUAAGUGCAGUUUCGGACAUUUUACAUUUUUCACUUUAAAUAAUGGCGCAAUCAGCUCAUCAAUGGACUCACCAUGACACAGAGACACUGAUCAGGUGGCGCAUGGCCAAUGACCACUUAUUCUCUGGCUCUAGGAACACAUGCAGAAAUGGCUGGCAGCAGUUCAUACACGACACAAUAUUAGACCUGGAUGGACCUAUUACUGCUCUCAGGGCAAAAAAGAAGUGGGAAAAUUUAAAAUGCAAAUACAAGGAUUUAAAAUCUAUGGAGAAGGAUGUUGCAACGGCGAAACCUGAAUCCUGGAGAUGGUACAGACUUAUGGGAAAUGCUGUAGAUGGGGAUUCCACUGAUAUUGACACUCCCAAACCAACCUUACUGUCUGACCUAGCAGAUGAGUCUGAAUGUGCAGCUCAGCCCAGCAAGAAGAUGUAUCAGGUUGAAAUGGGGAGUGAUAUUCUAGAAUUAUUGACACAUUCAGUAAUCAAGGUCAACUCCCAAACAACAGUGGCGGAUGGAGGAACCUCAUCAGAGACUUCUGAACGUGAGCGAUGUAGGCCAACUGAAAAGAGACCCUCCAAGAAUCAUAAUGAGCUUGACAUUGAAAGAGCAAAGAUUAGAAGAGAGAGAAAGCUUCUGGAGAAAGAGCAAGCAGAAUUGGACAGAGAGAGAGUACUUUUGGAGCGAGAGAGAGCCAUCGCUGCGAGGGAGAAAAUAGCUUUGGAGAGGGACCGAAAGCAGCUGGCGAAGGACAGAGCUGCAAACAACAGAGAGCGAGCAUCGCUGGAACAGGACAGAGCGAGACUGGAGCGGGACAGAGCGGCCCUGGAAAGAGACAGAGAGACGUUCACUGCCAUGACUCUUGGGACAAACGGCACUGGACACAUUGAAGCGGAGUCUCCUUAUGUUGAGGACAGGAAAAGACUAAUAUUUUUGUUUGAACAAUUAAUUGAGAGAUUUUGAGAUCAUUCAUAUACACACAAAAAUUUCAGUGUUGUUGUUUCUGAGGAUAAAAGUCUUUAUGUGGCAAGUGAAAUCCAUUCUAUGAGUCACAUAUGUACGUCAGUUUUGGAGUGUUAAAUACAAAGAUUAUACAUAACAAUGUUCAGAUGUAUCUCUAAAACACAAAAAGACAACCCAAGAAUCAAUUAGAUUUUCCUUCAGGUUGUACCUUAUUUACAGUAGCACCCUUACAUUUUUUGACAGCAGAGAAAUAGACUUAAUGCUCUGGGAUACUUUCUAUUUUCUGUGUUCUUGGUAGCCAAAUGCUCAGCCUUUAAAAUAUACUUUUUUGACCGAGAUCAUAUAAGAAAGCGUUCAACGCAUGGACACUAUGACUGCUUUGUGAUACUCUUAGUACCGUCAAUGGCAGAUGCUUAGCUAACGAUGCAUGCAGACAAGGACGGUCAAGAAAAUCAAAACCGCAUGCGGACAGCACGCUCAGACUGUGCUGAUGAUGAAAUUUGUGUCACGCAUACUGUGCGCGUUCCGAUCAGCAACGUGGACAACCAAAGUAUCUUUGACCUUUAAGGUGACGCCAGUUUCGUCAUCAGCACAGUCUGUGCAGACUGUUCACGCAUGGACCAGAUUUUCUCUACUUGUGGUCCGUCCUCAUUUGUGCGCAUCAUUGGUGCAAUCACCUGCCAUUGACUAUACUAAGAGUAUCUCAAAACAGUCGUAGUGCACAUGCUUUGAAAACAUUCGUAUUUACUUGUGAUCAAAAGAGUAGACUUUGAAAGGCUGAGAGCACGCCGUGAGCGAGGCGAUCAGCAACGUGGACAGCCGAAGUAUACUUUGGAAUUUUAAUGUUGUUUAAAUGGUUUUGAAUCGUUCAUUUUUUCAACAUGAAAUGUUGAAAAAAAGUUGACGAAACUCCAAAAACAUGAGUUUUUUCCCAGUGGAUGCCAUUGAAAUGAUUGCAAGUAUAUCCCUCACAGCCUUGUUUUCAUUCACAUCAAAAAUCGAAUGUGGCUCUACUAUGAAAAAGGUCUACUUAUCAUAAAACGUGGAGAUUUAAGAUCUAUAAAAUAAACAAAAACUAAACAUAAAUUGAUGGAAAGACAGUCCUUUCAUUUUUAUCAUUUAGUUUAUCCAAAGUCCCUUUUCAUAGUAGA